AUGCAUCUCCUCAGCAUCGCCAGCUUGCUUGCGCUUCCUGCGCUGGGAAGUGCGGAUGUCCUCUCUGCCCGCCAAGCUCCCGAGGGACAGACUAGCAACUCCACAGUCCCGGUCGCCAAGAGCUUUAUCAUCGAAUACACCCAGGGCUCCGCAAAGGCUCGCCGCGAUGUCGCUCUCGCAGAAGACAUCAAGAUCGUCAAAGAUUUCGAGACCGAUAUCUUCUCUGGCGCCAGCAUCGAGACGGACACGCACAACAUUGACACUUUGCAGAACCUCGCUGGUGUCGCUCGCGUGUGGCACAACACGCGCGUCACCUUAUCGCCUGUCGAAGGACUCCAGGCGAUCGAGGAUGCGGCUGCUUCGAACUACACUACCCACAACGCGACGGGCGUGAGCAAGCUCCACGACAAGGGCAUCUUUGGUCAAGGUGUCAAGGUUGGCGUUGUUGACUCUGGCACUUGGUACAACCAUCCUGCCCUCGGUGGUGGAUUUGGCGAAGGCUUCAAGGUUGCUGGUGGCUAUGACUUUGUUGGCAACGGCAUCUGGCCUUACGAGGACAAGGCUCCAGAUGAUGACCCAGAGGACCAGAUGGGUCACGGAACCCAUGUUAGCGGUAUCAUUGCUGGCAAGACAGAUUUCUGGACUGGAGUUGCACCAGAGGCUACUCUGUACUCCUACAAGGUCUUCACUCAAAUCGACGCCACGGAUGAUGCGACUCUGAUUGAGGCCUUCUUGAGGGCUUACACGGAUGGAGUCGAUAUUAUCACUGCUAGUAUUGGCGGCCCCAGCGGAUGGUCAACCAAUGCCUGGGCUGAAGUCGCGUCCCGCAUCGUCGAGGAAGGCGUCGUUGUAACAAUCGCCAACGGAAAUUCUGGUGCCGCUGGGCCCUUCUUCGCAAGCAGCGGUUCUUCAGGAGAGAAUGUUCUCGCUGUUGCUUCCGUUGAGACUGAGACAUUCCCUGCGUCACCAUUCGAGCUCACCUCAGUUCUUGAUGGCAAGACCGAGACAGUCAAGGCUGGAUACCUGCCUUCCACAUACUACUUCUCGUCUGACAUCACCAACUGGCCAGUCGUUCCUUUGAACUUUGAUACCACUGACCCUGCAGAUGCUUGUGAGCCGUACGCCAAUGGUACUCGUAGCCUGAGGGGCGUUAUUCCAUUGGUGCGCCGUGGGACUUGUACCUUCGCUACCAAGCAGGCAAAUCUGGUCGCCCUCGGCGCAGAGUACAUCCUCUUCUACAACAACGAGGGCCCGCUGAUCACCCCGUACACCGAGGAUGAGAACGGACUGAUUGCAUUGAUUACCGCUGAAGCUGGCGCCGCCAUUAUCGAGACCGUCAAGUCGGGUGGUAAUGUUACGGCUGAUUUCUCCAUCAACCCUGAGCAGGUAGUUGGUCUGGACUACCCUGCUGGCGGUCGACCGAACACUUUCACCUCAUGGGGAGGAACCUACGAUCUCCAGAUCAAGCCUGAUAUUGCAGCUCCAGGUGGUCAGAUCUUCAGCACCUAUCUGGACAACACCUACGCUCUACUAUCCGGAACCUCCAUGGCUACUCCUUACGUGGCCGGAGUUGCAGCCCUCUACAUUAGUGCCAAUGGCGGAAAGUCUGUUCAUGGCAAGGGUUUCGCCAAGGCGCUGCACCAGCGCAUCAUCGCCAGCGGCACAUCUCUCCCCUGGUCCGACGGAACGGCCACUGACUACGGCUUCUCCGCACCUGUCGCGCAAGUCGGCAACGGACUGAUCAACGCUUUCAAGGUUGUCAGCUACGCUACCGGGCUCACCUUUCAGAAGAUUGCUCUCAAUGACACUCACUUCUUCAGCCGUUACCACGACGUCACCGUCACUAACAACGGCGACAAGGAUAUCAGCUACAAGUUUUCGUACGAAAAUGCCGCUGGCGUGGAGAUGCUUGGAUGGUACCCAUUCGUCGAGCCUUGGGCUGGCGAAAAGAGGAUCAAGAGCUUCUCCGAACUGGCUCCUACCAGUCUUCCAGUUGAGGUCUCGGUUCCCAGAGACUUUACGCUGAAGCCAGGCGAAAGCAAGACUGUCUCGGUCAACUUCCCCAACCCCGACACUUUGGGUUGGAACUCGUCCGCAUUGCCUCUAUACAGUGGCAAGGUCAUUGUCUCUGGCAACAAUGGCGAGCAAUUGUCCGUGCCUUACAUGGGACUUGGUGCCAACUUGAAAGCUGAGAUCAGCCCUAUUUACCGUCCCAGCUACCCAUUCACCACGCAGCGUGACUAUGUGUAUUCCUUCAACCUGGACAGAUUCGCCGCCGACUUUCCAAUCAUCUACUCCAAGCUGAUUUGGGGCACCAAGGAAGUCCGAUGGGACAUCUACGAGCCUGGCUGGACUGAGCGACAGUGGGAAUACCCUCCCGUCCCCGGAAAGAAUGGCUAUAUCGGCCCGGCCACCAGCCACGUUGUGGCCGGCAGCGUCUCCUACUUUGACCCCGAUGUCUACGAUCCUGAUGACACCUGGACCUACCCCGAAAUCGAUCUCUACCGCAACGCCCAGACGCAAGCUUCUUAUCACGAGUUUUGGUGGUUCGGCAAGUUGGGCAAUGGAAGUCAAAUUGAACUUGGCAACUACACCAUGCGAUUUGCCACUCUUAAGCCUUUUGGUAACCCCCAGGCAUCUGACAACUGGGACAUCUUCCAGACGCCCCAGAUUCAGGUCACCGGCAAGUAUGAGAGAAGAAACUGA